CAGCAGCAGUGAGAGUAGAGUGGAAGCAGCCGGCGUUGGCUCCUCCAUCUCCAUUCGCGUCCGUCGGUGGCUCCGGCCGCCUUUCACCGCCAGCGCCAGCGCGUUGUAGUUGCUGCUGGCUCGGAGCGGAGAGAUUGAGAGAGUCUAGUCGCUCAAGAAAGGAAAGGAACGGUCUUUCCUCUCCUCUCCUCCCUCCUGGAGGCCUGGAGGCCUGUAGCUAGCAAGCAACCUCCCUCCCUCCCUCGCUCAGGCCUCACUAGGGAAAUGGGGGGUCCUCUCGGCGCCAUCAUUGGUCGCCGCUACUCUUCGUCGGCGCCCGCCGGAGAUGACGACCGAGGCCCCGGGGGCGCCAUCAUUACCCACGACCGCAAGUGCCGCGACCUGCCCUUUCUCGCCCUCUUCGCCGCCUUCUGCCUCGCCAUGAUUAUCAACUCCAGCUUCGGAUUCAACCAGGGCAACCCCCUCAGGCUGACAUAUGGGCUGGACUACAAAGGAAAUAUAUGUGGCAGCAGACAUGGUGAUCCAGAUUUGCGUGAGCUGGAUGUCCGUUAUUGGAUGAACCCCAAUCAGGUCUACCAAAGUGGGCUAAAAGGCAGCCAAAUUAAUUUACCUGAUGCUAAGGCCAUCUGCCUGAUGGAAUGCCCCCUUCCUGCAGAAGACGGCUUGAACUUUAUCUGUGACUAUCCAGAAGGUGACAUACGCCUCUCUGUUGAUGAUUGGAUUGACAGAGACUAUGAUUACUUUGAGUAUCUCACACCAGAUAUGAGGAACAGUUCUCUUCAGUUGCAAGGCCCAUGUUACCCUGUCAUAUUUCCAAGUGUAAAUGUCUACUGGAGCUGUCAGUUUAUUGCACGAGCAUCCAAUGUCUCUUUAAAGCAUUGGCAGCAGAUGGGUGGCAUCAGCAUUGAUGAAAACAUGCUAAUAGACAAAACCAUUCACCAUGCUAUCAACAGUAAAUCUGCUGUCUUAAAGAGAUAUGUUGCAGAUAUUGGAAAAUCAUGGCCUGUGUUAAUAGUUUGUGGGGGGUUACUGCCUCUUUUCCUCUCAGUGAUCUGGUUACUGAUGAUUCGCUAUUUUGUUGCUGGGAUGCCAUGGAUAACAGUGGUCCUCUUCAAUAUUCUUGUAAUAUCCGUUACAAUGUUCUUCUACAUCAAAGCUGGCUGGAUUGGUAGUGAUCCCCUAACUGUUGUAAUCGGUGCAAGUGAUCCAUAUGUCAGCAUAGGCGGAAGAGAAAUAAAUCACCUUCAUGUUGCUGCAGUACUGAUGACAAUAGUAAUGAUCAUUGCUUUCCUGACCUCAAUAGCUAUCGUUCGACGCAUACUGAUGGCGACAUCUGUCCUGAAGGUUGCAGCAAAGGUCAUUGGUGAAGUCCAGGCACUAAUAAUAUUUCCGAUUAUGCCAUACUUCAUCCUCGCUAUCUUCUAUAUGUUAUGGUUUUCAGCCACACUUCAUCUUUUCAGCUCUGGCCAAGUUUUACGAAAUGAUUGCAAUACAAAUUGCUGUUCAUAUGAUCUCAAGCUGGGAAAAGUAAACUGUGACAGCUGUUGUGGGUACAGUGUCCAUUACACCCAUCAUAUUGACAUUGCCAUUCUUUUCCACUUAUUUGGCUGUUACUGGGCAACACAGUUCUUCUUAGCAUGCUCUUCCACUGUAAUUGCUGGAUCAGUUGCUUCGUACUACUGGGCACGAGGUGAAAUAUCACAUGAUAUUCCAUUUCGUACAGUGAUCUCUUCCCUGAAGCGCUUGUUGCGUUACAGUCUUGGAUCUGUUGCUCUUGGUUCACUGAUUGUAUCCAUGGUAGAAUGGGUGCGGUUUAUACUUGAAUCAAUUCGCCGUAGGUUGAAGUUAGUUGAUUCUGCACAUGAGAGCUGGUUCGCGAAGACAAUAUCAUCAUCGUCUCAGUGUUGCUUAGGUUGCAUGGAUUGGACCAUCAGAUCGGUGAAUCGAAAUGGCUAUAUCAUGAUUGCCAUUACAGGGAAAGGAUUCUGGAAAGCUUCUGUGCUGGCAACAGGCUUGAUAAUGAACAACAUACUGCGCAUUGGAAAGGUGAACGUUAUUGGGGAUGUGAUCCUGUUGUUGGGAAAGCUGUGCGUUAGCCUGAUGUGCGCGCUGUUUGCUUUCCUGAUGCUGGACACGCACAGGUACAAGUCUGCUCAUAACAAGAUAUCAUCGCCGCUGGUGCCUGUGCUGGUGUCGUGGGCGCUGGGUUACGUGGUUGCCAAGCUUUUCUUCGCAGUGGUGGAGAUGUCGAUCGAGACGAACAUCCUGUCCUUCUGCCAGGAUGCAGAGGAGCAUGAGGGCAACGCACGGUAUGCAACCCCUCUGCUCGUGGAAACGCUGGAGCAGCAAAGGCUCACGCAGACGCAGGGCCCGGGCCCCUGAAAUCUAUCUCCAUUCCAUUGUCAUCAAGGAAAGGAAAGGAAAGGAAUCGCCCGCCCAUCUUACUAGUCUACUGCUGUUACUUGUUACUACUGUCUGUACCAUACCCAUCCAUAUGUCUCCAUGCAUGUUGUAGUGUUAGUGUUAGGUGUAGCUCGCUCUCUGAUCUGUAGCGCUUCAUUUCGUCGUGCCAUGAACCGUUUACAGAUCUGAACAAUGAAAAUGGCCCAAAUGGCUUUAUUUCCCUUCUUUCGUUUAUUUAUGUGACUUAUUAUUACAGUGGAAAAAGAUGAGCCGCUUGUGGUUUGGUGGAGACUAGACUGCAGUGCAGCAUUUGUUU